GUGGGAGCGAGGAGAGAGAGACGGCAGAGCCGCACACAUACAGAAACGCACGCGCGCACAGGGGCACACACACACCAGUUGUUUCUUUACUAACGGGACAAGUUUCUACCUCCUGGAUACCUCCUUCCUCCUCUGCUCUUUUCCCGCCUCCGCGUGAACACCUCGACCUGGACCGAGGUGAGCGCUGAAAUGUUGGGCUUAUUGCUAGUUUUGGGGAGGAGAGCCCCGCGCCGGUUGUAACCAGGAGCGGGGAGGAAAAGCGGCAAGGAGAGGCUGGAGGGGAGGCACGUCCGGCUCCCGCUGAAGCAGUUUCAAGCUAGCAGACUUUAUCGCUUCUGGCGGGUCACUGAACGGCUAAGCGACCCGUCGUUAACCCGGAGGAGGCUUACUUUACCGCGGCGGCUGCGAGUUGAGCCGCGCCGUGCGAGAUCAUCAGCAGAGCGGAUCUACAUCUUCUCCUUGAUGUCGCCUCAGCGCCAGCGUCGAGCUGCACAUUGUUUCACCUAAAACCUCCACAGCGUCUCUGCUGCAUACUGCUACGGAAAAGAUAAGAAUGAGGGAAAUGAAAGGAGGCCACGGCUGGAGGUGCAGCCCUCGCUAAAACAAUACACUCUCCCCUUUCCCCCCUCCAACAUCACCCACUGCUGCUGUCCAUCCUCCGCCUCUGAGCACCAUGGCCAACCACCUGGAGCUCAUCCAAGAGCUGCAGCAGCUGGACAAGGUGCCCAGUCUGGAGAGGCUGCGGGCAGCGCAGAAGCGCCGUGCCCAGCAGUUAAAAAGAUGGGCCAUGUACGAGAAGGAAAUGCAGAACAAGAAGCGAAAGGCUGACAAGAAGACUCGCAAUGUCUACAACCUCGGUCAGUCAGAGCCCAAGAGGCACGUGUCAUUUGCUGCCAGUGUUGCUCUUCUGGAAGCAUCGGCAAGAAAUGAUCCAGAUGAAGUUCGCUACCUGCUGAGGAGCAACGUGAGUCCAGACCUCUGCAAUGAAGACGGUCUCACCGCACUGCAUCAGUGUUGUAUAGACAACUAUGAGGACAUGGUGAAGAUCCUGCUUGACCGAGGAGCCUGUGUCAACGCUCAGGACAACGAAUUGUGGACUCCGCUGCAUGCUGCUGCUACCUGUGGCCAUGCUGGACUUGUCAAGAUACUAAUUGCACAUGGUGCAGAUCUGCUGGCUGUCAACUCAGAUGGAAACAUGCCCUACGAUCUGUGCGAGGACGACCCAACACUGGACAUCAUUGAGACGGCCAUGGCCAACAGAGGCAUCACCCAGGAGAUGAUCAAUGAGACACGAGCAGCAACGGAGAGGAGGAUGCUGGGGGACAUUCAGGAGCUGCUCAGGCAGGGAGAGGAAGUCAACAAGAAGGAUGCUCAGGGGGCCACACUGCUGCACGUCGCUGCAGCAAAUGGCUACGUGCAGGCUGCAGAGCUGCUGCUGGAGGGGGGGGCUCGCGUGGACCUGAGAGACUCGGAUGGAUGGCAGCCUCUUCAUGCUGCAGCAUGCUGGGGUCAGAUGCCUUUGGCAGAGCUGCUGGUGUCGCAUGGAGCCAGUCUCAAUGGCAAGACCUUCUUAGAAGAGACUCCCAUCGAUCUGUGUGAGGAUGAGGAGUUCAGGGCCAUCCUGCUGGACCUGAAACACAAACAUGACACAAUCAUGAAGUCUCAGCUGAAACAUAAGACCUCGCUGUGCAGGCGCACCUCCAGCGCAGGCAGCCGUGGCAAAGUGGUGCGGCGGGCCAGUCUGUCAGAUAGACACAACUUAUGUCGCAAAGAGUAUGAGACUGAGGCCAUUGUGUGGAGGGGAGGAAGGGAGGAGGAAGUGAAAGAGAAGGAGUCGGAUCAGGAAAACAAUCAGGUCAAGCCAGUUGUCGCUGUGGAGCUGCCCGACAAACCCAAGCUGGCCACCAUCCUUAAAGAUGGCAGCAGCAAACAGAACGGCCUCAUCUGCACAACAUCGUCCGUGCCAGCUCAGCUGCCUGUCAACGGUGGCACGCCGUUACCCGCGAAGGGCGGGGUCGUCACCGUCCAGCCAUCCCAGGAAGAGGGGAGAGAGCGCGGUCAGACUUUGUCGGAGUUAAAGAAACAGAGGGCCGCUGCUAAAUUCCUGAAUCACCCUUUGUUCAAUGGUCACCUUGGUAAUGGCUCUACUGAGUCCUUCAUCGAUGCCAAAAACGGUUCUGAGGACCCCCGCAUGCCGCUGGUCUCCUCCAACGGCAACGCAGUUUACUACACACCAACCAGCGGUGACCCGCCCCUUCUCAAGCUGAAACAGCCAGUCGAGGAGGAGCCGCCCAAGGCAAGGACCUGCUGCUGCGUGUGCUAGCAUGUCGGUCAAGUGACCGUUGACAUCAGCGGACGCCCUCUCAUCAAUGUGCUUUAGAAGGGAGGACAGGAAGGAAGGAAACUUGGAGAGUUCCGGCGUUUAACAUCCCAUUCCUCCUUAAAUCUCAGCAAUGUUUAUAGGGGUGGUUGGAAAACGUCCCCUACCUCCAACGCCUGGUCCAGUCAGAGACACCCCCCCCUCCCCCCGCCAAUACAUGUUUGAAACAUAGCAGUUAAGGAAAAAUGUGCAAUGCCACAGUAUCAGCAGGAUGUCCCUGAAUCAAAGCUUUUCACUAAAAAUGUGAGAAAAUCUAAACCAGGAACCGAUAGAAGUCACAAAAUAGAGAAUCUUCUGCUCUCCGUCCUUUUUAUUUAUUUCUUUUCUCCCUGCAAACAGAUCCUUGACAGGCUAUUAAACAUUUCCUCCAGGACAAACACACUGUGUGUGACUGCAGCUUUCUGCUCUUUUACCUUGUUCCUCUCAUCUUCAUUACAGUUCUAAGGUGCUUCAUGUCGGUCUACAUCCUACAGGUCGCUGCAAAUCUUAGUACCAAAGGACCUUGCACAUCCAUUCUGAAUUUGCAUUAUGCCUAAAUACUUCCAGGAAAUUGGAAAGUGGAGAGAAAAGUAGAGCGGCACCUGAAACCCACAUCAGAUCCUGUCAUUCUUUCACUUCCCCCUUAGAAAGCCUCAACUGACAGCUCAUCCUUUGUGUUUUGUGUGACCCACUUUGUGCUCACUCGGAUAAUUUAAGCCGACGUGGUUGGAAAAUUAAUGUACAUUUCUUUAUUUAUAAAACUAAUAUGUAAAAAGAAAGAGCUGAUGGAUCCUAAUUGAGUGUAUUUAUUACUUGGAUGCUGUGUGGAGAGUGAAUGGAGUAUGAGAUGAGCUGGAGGUGAAGCGAAGCACCUUCUGAUAUGAACAAAGUGGGUCAAAUUAUGAAGUGAAAUAAAGGUUGUUGUUUGAUUUUUGUACAUGUUGUGAAAUACCAGUUAUGUUUGUGUCACUACAAAUAACAGUGUUAUUUGUUUUUUUUCUUCUCUUUCCUGGUGGCCAUUGUGUGGCUUAAGAUGUUUCCCAAUCACUGUAUUUGUCUCUUUAACAGAAAAUGUAAAGGCUACGAAAGGAAUUACUGAAAGCUAGAUGAGAGUCUUUGGAAAGAUGCAAAAACGGCAAUCAUGCAUGAGUUUCAAAAUACAAAUAUGUUGAACAAAUAAUUGGACGUUUUUAGAAACUUUGGCUGAGAGUUACAUGAAAAGAACGGUAUCUGUUUGUUUGCUCCAGCUGUAGAAAGAGUUAGAUUAGCACCGCUAAGGACAAAGAAGGUUUAUCAGCUACUAGAAAAGAAUUUACCCCCUCCUCCUGCAAACAUCUCCUGUUCUUCUGUACCUAUCUACUCACAUCAUUGGUUGUGCCUCUGCUCAAGUAAAACUAGAAAAAAGAUUCUGCUUCACUUCAUGAGUCGCUGCACUGAGUGCAUGACUGUUACUCUGAACUGAAAAUUGUCAGCCAUACACAAAUAGGUUGUUUAUUUUGAAAUACUUCCUUAUUGAAUUUGUUUCUUCUUCUUCCAUUAAGGUCUGGGUCAUUUGUUAUUUGGUGUCUCAUGAUGAAAGUGAAAAAGACAGAAGCUUUUUGAUUUGAUUUGGACUUAAAUUGGCUCAGAAACACAUUAGGUAAACGGUUUUUCAUGUUUAUUUACAACUUUACUGACAGUGAUGAGGGUUUAAAUGAUCUUUGCUAACCAACAUCUCAAAAAACAAACCAAAAUCUAAUUUUAUUAACAGUUCUAAUUAAAAAUAUGACUUUACACACCUUUCUGUUGCUCAAAGCGAUUUUCUAAACCACUUUGUAUCUGUGAGAUGUUGUAGUUUUUCUCAAAUAUGGCUUCCUUAUGUUUUGGAUUCUAAACUAUGAGCUUGACAUCAACCUUCUUAUGUAACUCUCAAAGCAGAGUUUUAUUCCUCUGGUCUUAUAAGUGCCAAAAAAAAAAAAAACAUCUUCUUUGAGUUUAAAAAAUGGUAAUGAAUUUAUAAAAAGUCACUAACAAACUGUCUUUUGACUGACAAAGAUGUUUUAAAAAAAAAAAAGCCAAUCCCUUAGAAAAGUCGAUUACCCAUAAUGCCAUUUUUGUCACAUUUGUCACUGUAGCAUCAUCUGUUCACUGUUAAAUAUUUGUACAGAUGAGUUUGUACAUACAUUUCUCUCCUCAUAUCUGUACCCUUGAAUUGAAAUGUCUUUUUUUUGUUGCUUUUGAAGAACAAAUAGGGAAAAACAAAAUAUUUGUACGGAUGAACAGUAUUGUGUGUGUGUGUGGGGGGGGGGGGGGGAGUGUUAGACUGUAGCAUCUGUUUUGUAGUCUUAAAUAUCAAACUUGUUCAUCCUGAUGUCUUUGCUGGUCUAGGAUCAGUGUCUGUGCAUCUUUCUCAGAGAAUCUUUAAAUUGGCAUUUUUUUUUUUUUGAGUUUGGUGUGUAUGUUUGCUCUAUUACAAACUGCAAAAAUGAAAUUCCAACUGCUGGCCCAUGAAAGUUCAACCAGGUGUAUGACUUUGAACUGUUCGUCAGAAAGGAAAACCGGAUGUUAAAAAUUAACCUGCCCUCCAAUAAUCUGCUCUACAGAUCGAUCCUUGUGUUGAACUGCAGGCUUCACUGUCCCUAAAAAAAAAAGUUAAACUACUGAUUAUGUAAUUACUGGAAUAAAUAUCAGUGGUUGCAUUAACAUUUUGAAUAAAUUGUAUAUUUUGAAAAUUCUA